GUAGCCUGUAUUGUGCUUUCUCUAUCUGCGCCGUUUUACACCCGUGUUUAAGAAUCUUUAACUCAUUAGAAAUAAUAUCCAGUGAUUUCUGUAUAUGCAUGUUUUGUAGGAAUUUACGUGAUGUUGUUGAGAAAACUUAAGAUGUCUAGUAACCUUACAUUUCCAGCAAGUGUUAAAGUGAAGCGGCAAGAAAAGUUAUCGACUUCCUCAAUAAACGUACCUGCGCAGCUUCAUGAAGACUGAAUGAAUCAUGGAGGACACACAAGCGUCCAGAGAUGGAGAUUUUUCUCCAGGAUGCAGUCAAUUUCAGGAGGACAGAUCAAACUCAUCAGAGCCCAGCUGUGUGUCCAUGAAGAGUAACUGGUCUAUGGGAGAACCGAUAAAAUUUGAUGGAAGACACACAUCACCUGAUCUGAGUGACAGAUCAAUCUCAUCAGAGCCCAGCUGUGUGUCCAUGAAGAGUAAUAAGUCUAUGGACGAACCGGUAGAAUUUGAGGGAAGACACACAUCACCUGAUCUGAGUGAGCAGUUAACGGACACUCCAGGAAUAUUUAGAGGAAAACACAUGCCAUCUAAUCUGAGUCAUGGCACUCAACUGGUCCAAAGCAGAUUCAAAUCAAAUCUGAGGAAGAAGUUUGAGUGUCUGUAUGAAGGAACAGCGACGCAGGGAAACCCAACACUCCUGAAUAAGAUCUACACAGAGCUCUACAUCACAGAGAGUGAGAGUGGAGAGAUCAAUAAUGAGCAUGAGGUGAGACAGAUUGAGACACAAUCCAGGAGAGCAGCAACAGAGGACACAACCAUCAAAUGCAAUGACAUCUUUAGACCUUUACCUGGACAAGACAAACCCAUCAGAACUGUGCUGACAAAGGGAGUCGCUGGCAUUGGAAAAACAGUCUCUGUGCAGAAGUUUAUUGUGGACUGGGCUGAAGAGAAAGAGAAUCAGGACGUCCAGCUCAUAUUUCCACUUCCUUUCAGAGAAAUCAACCUGAUGAAGGACAAAACACAAAGUCUUUCAGAUCUUCUUCAUGUCUUUUUCCCUGAAACUAAAGAAAUGGAAAUAUCCAUAGAUGAAUAUAAAGUGCUGUUCAUCUUUGAUGGUCUGGAUGAGUGUCGCCUGUCUCUGAACUUUAAGAGUAAAGUGAAACUGUGUAAUAUAUCUGAAUCAGCUUCAGUGGAUGUGCUGCUGAUGAACCUGAUUGAGGGGAAUCUGCUUCCCUCUGCUCUCAUCUGGAUCACCUCCAGACCCGCAGCAGCUGAUCUCAUCCCCUCUGAGUGUGUUCAUCGAGUGACAGAGGUACGAGGCUUCAAUGAGCCACAGAAGCAGGAAUACUUCAGGAAGAGAGUCAGUGAUCAGAGUCUGGCCAAUACAAUCAUCUCACACCUGAAGUCAUCAAGGAGGCUCCACAUCAUGUGCCACAUCCCUGUGUUCUGCUGGAUCUCAGCCGCUGUUCUGGAGAAGAUGUUGAGUCGAGCAGAGAGUGGAGAGAUUCCCAAGACUCUCACUCAAAUGUACACACACUUCCUGAUCCUUCAGACCAACAUCAAACAAGAGAAGGACUAUGAGAAGAAGGUGAAAGAUGAAGACAUGAUCCUCAAACUGGGGAAACUGGCUUUUGAGCAGCUUGUGAAAGGUAACCUGAUCUUCUAUGAGAAAGACCUGAGAGAGUGUGGCAAUUAUGAGACAGAAGCAUCAGUGUACUCAGGAUUGUGCACUCAGAUCUUCAGAGAGGAGUUUGGCUUGAAUCAAGGGAAAGUCUUCUGCUUUGUUCAUCUGAGCAUCCAGGAACAUCUAGCAGCUCUAUAUGCACAUCUAUCCUUUACAAAGAACUACAUAAAUGUGUUUGACCAAACCAAACAAAGUGUGUUAUCUAAGAUUUUAAACUGGUUUAAAUAUCAUUCAUUGUCUGAGCUGCAUCAGAGAGCUGUAGAUGAAGCUUUACUGAGUAAAAAUGGACAUCUGGACCUUUUCUUGCAUUUUCUUCUGGGUCUCUCGAUGGAGUCCAAUCAAACUCUCUUACGAGAACUACUGACACAGACAGGAAGCUGCUCCUAUAAGAAAGAGGAAACAGUUGAGUUUAUCAAGCAGAAGAUCAGGGAGAAUCGCUCUCCAGAGAGAUCCAUCAAUCUGUUCCACUGUCUGAAUGAACUGGGUGAUGAUUCACUGAUGCAGGAGAUCCAGGAUUAUCUGAGAUCUGGACAAAUAGGAGAAACCAAACUCUCCUCUUCACAGUGGUCAGCUCUGGUUUAUGUGCUGCUGACAUCAGAGCAGAAGAUGGAUGAGUUUAAUCUAAAACAGUUUAUUGGAGCCCAAAAUACAGCAGAUGAAGUUCUUCAGAAGCUGCUGCCUGUGAUUAAAGAAUCCAGAUCAGUUCAGUUGAGGGAUUGUGGAGUCACAGAUGAAGGUUGUGUUGCUCUGGCUUCAGCUCUGAGAUCAAACCCCUCACACCUGAGAGAUCUGGAUCUGACUGGAAAUGAAAUUAAAGAUUUGGGAGUCAAGCAGCUUUCUGAUCUACUGCAGGAUCCUCGCUGUAAAUUGAAAAUACUGAGUCAUAACUUUCAGCUGAUCCAAAGAAUGCUUACAUUAAAUCUGAGGAAGAAGUUUGAGUGUCUGUAUGAAGGAACAGCGAUGCAGAGGAACCCAACACUCCUGAAUAAGAUCUACACAGAGCUCUACAUCACAGAGAGUGAGAGUGGAGAGAUCAAUAAUGAGCAUGAGGUGAGACAGAUUGAGACACAAUCCAGGAGAGCAGCAACAGAGGACACAGCCAUCAAAUGCAAUGACAUCUUUACACCUUUACCUGGACAAGACAAACCCAUCAGAACUGUGCUGACAAAGGGAGUCGCUGGCAUUGGAAAAACAGUCUCUGUGCAGAAGUUCAUCCUGGACUGGUCUGAAGAGAAAGAGAAUCAGGACGUCCAGCUCAUAUUUCCACUGCCUUUCAGAGAAAUCAAUCUGAUGAAGGACAAAACACUCAGUCUUUCAGAUCUUCUUCAUGACUUUUUCCCUGAAACUAAAGAAAUGAAAAUAUCCAGUGAUGAAUAUAAAGUGUUGUUCAUCUUUGAUGGUCUGGAUGAGUGUCGUCUGUCGCUGGACUUUAAGAGUAAAGUGAAACUGUGUAAUUUAUCUGAAUCAGCUUCAGUGGAUGUGCUGCUGAUGAACCUGAUUGAGGGGAAUCUGCUUCCCUCUGCUCUCAUCUGGAUCACCUCCAGACCAGCAGCAGCUGAUCUCAUCCCCUCUGAGUUUGUCCAUCGAGUGACAGAGGUACGAGGCUUCAAUGAUCCACAGAAGCAGGAAUACUUCAGGAAGAGAGUCAGUGAUCAGAGUCUGUCCAAUACAAUCAUCUCACACCUGAAGUCAUCAAGGAGCCUCUACAUCAUGUGCCACAUCCCAGUGUUCUGCUGGAUCUCAGCCGCUGUUCUGGAGAAGAUGUUGAGUCGAGCAGAGAGUGGAGAGAUUCCCAAGACUCUCACUCAAAUGUACACACACUUCCUGAUCCUUCAGACCAACAUCAAGCAAGAGAAGGACUAUGAGAAGAACGUGAAGGAUGAAGACAUGAUCCUCAAACUGGGGAAACUAGCUUUUGAGCAGCUUGUGAAAGGUAACCUGAUCUUCUAUGAGGAAGACCUGAUAGAGUGUGGCAUUGAUGUGACAGAAGCAUCAGUGUACUCAGGAUUGUGCACUCAGAUCUUCAGAGAGGAGUUUGGCUUGAAUCAGGGGAAAGUCUUCUGCUUUGUUCAUCUGAGCAUCCAGGAACAUCUAGCAGCUCUAUAUGCACAUCUCUCCUUUACAAAGAACUACAUAAAUGUGUUUGACCAAACCAAACAAAGUGUGUCAUCUAAGAUUUUAAACCAGAAGAAAAAUGUUUCAGUAUAUGAGCUGCAUCAGAGAGUUGUAGAUGAAGCUUUACAGAGUAAAAAUGGACAUCUGGACCUUUUCCUGCGUUUUCUUCUGGGUCUCUCGAUGGAGUCCAAUCAGACUCUCUUACGAGAACUACUGACACAGACAGGAAGCUGCUCCUAUAAGAAAGAGGAAACAGUUGAGUUCAUCAAACAGAAGAUCAGGGAGAAUCGCUCUCCAGAGAGAUCCAUCAAUCUGUUCCACUGUCUGAAUGAACUGGGUGAUGAUUCACUGAUGCAGGAGAUCCAGGAUUAUCUGAGAUCUGGACAAAUAGGAAAAACCAAACUCUCCUCUUCACAGUGGUCAGCUCUGGUUUAUGUGCUGCUGACAUCAGGGCAGAAGAUGGAUGAGUUUAAUCUAAAACAGUUUAUUGGAGCCCAAAAUACAGCAGAUGAAGUUCUUCAGAAGCUGCUGCCUGUGAUUAAAGAAUCCAGAUCAGUUCAGUUGAGUAAGUGUGGAGUCACAGAUGAAGGUUGUGCUGCUCUGGCUUCAGCUCUGAGAUCAAACCCCUCACACCUGAGAGAUCUGGAUCUGACUGAGAAUAAACUAGGAGCGUCAGGAGUGAAUCUGCUCUCUGAUGGACUGAAGGAUCUUCACUGUAAACUGGAGAAACUGAAGUUGAGUGAUUGUGGAGUCACAGAUGAAGGUUGUGCUGCUCUGGCUUCAGCUCUGAGAUCAAACCCCUCACACCUGAGAGAACUGGAUCUGACUGAGAAUGAAAUGAAAGAUUUGGGAGUCAAGCAGCUUUCUGAUCUACUGCAGGAUCCUCGCUGUAAACUGAAAAUACUGAGGUUGAGUUAUUGUGGCGUCACAGAUGAAGGUUGUGCUGCUCUGGCUUCAGCUGUGAGAUCAAACCCCUCUCACCUGAGAGAACUGGAUCUGUCUGGACAUAAACUAGGAGCGUCAGGAGUGAAUCUGCUCUCUGAUGGACUGAAGGAUCCUCGCUGUAAACUGGAGAAACUCUGGUUGAGUAAGUGUGGAGUCACAGAUGAAGGUUGUGCUGCUCUGGCUUCAGCUCUGAGAUCAAACCCCUCACACCUGAGAUAUCUGCAUCUGUCUGGAAAUAAACUAGGAGCGUCAGGAGUGAAUCUGCUCUCUGAUGGACUGAAGGAUCCUCGCUGUAAACUGGAGAUACUCCGGUUGAGUAAUUGUGGCGUCACAGAUGAAGGUUGUGCUGCUCUGGCUUCAGCUCUGAGAUCAAACCCCUCACACCUGAGAUAUCUGGAUCUGUCUGGAAAUAAUCUAGGAGCGUCAGGAGUGAAUCUGCUCUCUAAUGGACUGAAGGAUCCUCGCUGUAAACUGGAGAAACUCUGGUUGAUGGAUUGUGGCGUCACAGAUGAAGGUUGUGCUGCUCUGGCUUCAGCUCUGAGAUCAAACCCCUCACACCUGAGAGAACUGUAUCUGUCAUUUAAUAAACUAGGAGCGUCAGCAGUGAAUCUGCUCUCUGAUGGACUGAAGGAUCCUUGCUGUAAACUGGAAACACUGGGGUUGAGGGAUUGUGGCGUCACAGAUGAAGGUUGUGCUGCUCUGGCUUCAGCUCUGAGAUCAAACCCCUCACACCUGAGAGAACUGGAUCUGUCAUUUAAUAAACUAGGAGCGUCAGCAGUGAAUCUGCUCUCUGAUGGACUGAAGGAUCCUCGCUGUAAACUGGAGAAACUCUGGUUGUGGGAUUGUGGAGUCACAGAUGAAGGUUGUGCUGCUCUGGCUUCAGCUCUGAGAUCAAACCCCUCACACCUGAGAGAACUGGAUCUGUCAUUUAAUAAACUAGGAGCGUCAGCAGUGAAUCUGCUCUCUGAUGGACUGAAGGAUCCUCGCUGUAAACUGGAGAAACUCUGGUUGUGGGAUUGUGGCGUCACAUAUGAAGGUUGUGCUGCUCUGGCUUCAUCUCUGAGAUCAAACCCCUCACACCUGAUAUAUCUGAGUCUGUCAUUUAAUAAACUAGGAGCGUCAGCAGUGAAUCUGCUCUCUGAUCUACUGAAGGAUCCUCGCAGUAAACUGGAGAAACUCUGGUAAGAUUAUAUAAAUCUGUCAGCAUCCUCCUAAAUUUUGCUCCUUUGUUGAGUAUGAACUAAAUGAAAACCAAAACUGUGUCAUAAAGAAAGUUUCCUGUCAGUUAAUUGAAAAUGAUGUUGUUUUAAUCUUCAUUACAUUAUUUCCAAAGUUUUUGACACAAUUUUAAAAUACUUACAAUAUUAUAGGAUGAGGGGAUGAUCUAAAAACAGCUGCUCUAUCAUACAGAUGUGUGUUUAUGAUUUGGGGUAUUUACAAAAGAAUUAAACAGUUCUGACAUUUUCUAUGAUAUUGAAACGAACCCCUUGAACCACACGUAGAAGCAGGUCUGAACUGUUAGAUCUCGCUGUGUUUGGCUGAGCAGUCAUUGAGUAGCUCGUCAGUGUAUUAGAUUUCUUCGUUACAUUAAAUAAAUAAGUUUAUUCCAUUACAUAAAGGAAAUAAGUUCCUCGGCAAGGAAGAGGAAGUGAGUCAGGAUAAUAUAGUGUCCGUGAUUGGCUGCAGGUGUUAGCAUGAUCAGAGUGAGGGGGAUUAUGGGAAAUGCUGUCCAGGGUGUGGUGCAGGUUUGUGUAGAGAAAGUGUCCCAGUGGUGACGGAUGACAUCUGACGGUGAAUGUACAGAAGUGCACGGAGCAGAUCUGUGACAUAUUGAAUGGCUAUACUCUGUUGUUUGUUGGUGAACAGGCAAACUAAAAAAAUGUAAAGAAAGACUGUAUAUUUCUUCAGUUUUUAAAUAUUGAGAAGUAUUGUAAUAAGAGCUGCAUACUUCUUACUGUAGUCUUUGUCUCGAGUUGUAACCGAGUCGUUUUUUAAUUAAACAGUAAUUAAACAUCCUCGUUUAAUUAAAUAUCCUUAAUAGUAGGGCUGGACAAUAAUUCAAUAUCAAUAUGUAUCACAAUAUAAUUUUUUUCAAUAACGUGAUAUGAUUUUUGAACACAUUUCCGGUAUUUCGAUAUACAUUACCAGUGUUUCUCAUGUAUACAUUGAUUUAUUUGACUUCUUGAAUAAACAUGAACGCUGCACGUUUCAAAAUCAAAACGUGGCAUAGGUGUUUUAUAUGAAUGUGUCUCUGAAGGGAACCGGUCGACUGUCUUCAGAAUAGUUUUGAUGGCGUUUUCAUUUUAUCUGAUAAAGUAGCGUUCAUGAGCGGAGCUGCUUUGAUUACAGCUAUUACCGGGAAGCCGCUAGUUCUGCCCUGGUUCUGCUGCUCUCAGAGCGCCUCCUGCUGGCAGAAUCAGAUUGCAUUUUCAAUAAUAAGCCCGUCUCCAGCAACAUGUUUUUGUUGUUGCUCAAUUUUUUUGUUUUCUGCAGCAACUCGGAGUCAGUAUUUAUUUAUUUAUUUUUUGAGGAAGAAGGAAAGUAUAUAAAUUAAUACUUUUAUUUAGCAAGGAUGCUUUAAAUUGAUCAAAAGUGAUGAUAAAAACACUUGUUACAAAAGAUUUCUGAACUUUCUAUUCAUCAAAGAAACCUGAACAAAUUAUACUCUGCUGUUUUCAACAUAAUAAAUGUUUUUUUUUUGAGCAGCAAGAAUAUUAGAAUGAUUUCUGAAGGAUCAUGUGACUGGAGUAAUGAUGCUAAAAAUUCAGCUCUGAAAUCACAGGAAUAAUUUGCAUUUUAAAAUAUUUUCAAAUAGAAAACAGUUAUUUUAAAUGGAAAAAAAAUAUUUUAAAAUGUUACUGUUUCUGCUGUGUUUUGGAUCAAAUAAAUGCAGGCUUGGUGAGCAGAAGAGAAUUCUUAAAAAAACAAAUCUUACCGUUCAAAAACUUUUGACUGGUAGUGUAUGUUAGCAUUAUAGUUUGAAGUUAAAUAUAAUAAUAUUAAUAUUAAUAAGGUGAGUGAGAUGUUUAUUUGACGGUGAUUUCACAUUUCUUGUACGUAUGAAGGCUAAAUACAAAUAAA